UUGACCGGACGCGGCGCCCGCGCUGUCCCUCCCUCCCCUCUCGCCUUUCCCCUCCUCCAGAGUCCAGACCCGCACACUUCGCUCCACCAACCGCGCUCCUCGCCCCCCCGCCGCGCCCGGAGGUCGCCGGCACGGCUCGCACCUCGGCGUAACCCGCAAAUCACGCAAGAUUUCUGCUUCACGAGUCCAGGAAGAACAUUGGCAUCAAGCAAGUCAUAUUCAGCAGGAAAUAGCAGUAUCGUUUUGAUCUGCCUUUUCGCAGGAUACUUGGGCAAUUCCUAGCGGAAACUUCAACUUGCUCACGGCCUUUGUUCACAGUGGCAUAUCAUUUUACAUCCUUGGAGGUUGUGAAGCUAGCCUACUUGAGAAUGCAAUGUAGCAGGAGUCAUUAGUUUCAGUAAGUUGGAGACUUGCCCUGGAGCUGCCAUCCCUGGCUGCAUUGGCCUUUGAUAGAUGGUUUCUUCUCAGACGUCCUCUCUGGCAGUAAAGCUUGCACAAGGACCAAAGCUCCUUACUACAAAGAUAAUUUUCCCCAUGGAUCCCCUGGGUGUUGUCUCCUCUGAAAAUGCUGAAUAUGAUUUCUCUGAUGUUUUUGGUUCCAGUCCAGUCGAGACGGCAACAGAGCUUUGUGUUGUUGAUCCAGACAGCCCUGCAGCUCCCGUUGAGUCCACUGAGGAGGUUUAUAAUGAUCCUGCGGUCAUCUUCAAGCGGUCACAUUCUCUUGUUGGUCCAUCAUCACUUGUUAGCUGCUCUUUGGGACUUGGCAAGCUCACUCUAGACAGGGCAGAUGGAUCAUCAGAACUUGCAGACCACACUACAGAAGAAAAGGAACUUAACCUAGAGGAGUUCAGCGAUGAAGAGUUUGGUGAUGCCGUGACUGAGGAUGAGGGUGUUGGGCUUGAUGACUUUGAAAUCUUGAAGCUUGUAGGCCAAGGGGCAUUUGGCAAAGUCUUUCAGGUGAGAAAGAAGGGUACUUCAGAGAUAUAUGCAAUGAAAGUUAUGAGGAAGGAUAAGAUACUAGAGAAAAACCAUUCUGAGUACAUGAAAGCUGAAAGAGACAUACUGACAAAAGUUGACCAUCCUUUUGUAGUGCAGCUGAGGUACUCAUUUCAGACCAAAUAUCGACUUUACCUUGUCCUGGACUUCGUAAACGGGGGGCAUCUCUUCUUUCAGCUCUACAAGCAAGGAUUAUUUAGGGAGGAACUUGCACGAAUCUAUACGGCUGAGAUUAUAUCUGCUGUAGCCCACCUCCAUGCUAAUGGGAUUAUGCAUAGAGAUCUUAAGCCCGAGAACAUCCUAUUGGAUGCUGAAGGCCAUGCCAUGCUAACCGACUUUGGCCUUGCGAAAGAAUUCCGUGAGAACACCCGAUCAAACUCGAUGUGUGGUACUCUCGAGUAUAUGGCCCCUGAAAUUAUCCAGGGCCAGGGGCAUGAUAAGGCCGCAGAUUGGUGGAGUGUAGGAAUCCUCCUGUUUGAAAUGCUGACGGGCAAGCCCCCGUUUGUGGGGAACAGAGACAAAGUUCAGCAGAAGAUAGUGAAGGAGAAGUUGAAGCUUCCUCCGUUUUUGACUAGUGAAGCUCACUCGCUGCUGAAAGGAUUGCUGCACAAAGAAGCCGGCAAGCGGCUGGGAACCGGACCCGGCGGCAGCGACGAGAUAAAGAAGCACAAGUGGUUCAAGCCGAUCAACUGGAGGAAGCUGGACGCCCGGGAGAUCCAGCCGAGCUUCCGGCCUGACGUCGCCGGCCUGACCUGCAUUGCCAACUUUGACGUGUGCUGGACCAACACGCCCGUGCUGGACUCCCCGGCCGCCACCCCCGUCACCGCCGGCGGUGGGCAAGGAAACUUUGCGGGGUUCACAUAUGUCAGGCCCGCGCCGUUCCUCCAUGACCUGAAGCCGCCCUCAAGCUCUAGUUAGGCUGCAAGGUUCGCUCAGUGCACCCGAAACGGGUGCGCGCAAUUUUGAUCUAGUUCAUUCACUGAACGACUGUGUUCUAUGGCCUGUAUGAUGUAUAUCGAUUCCUCUGCAUCUUCCUUUUGAGGCAGUGAGAAGUUGGAGGCAGAAAGCAACUACAAUAUCUGUCAUUACGAACCUCCA